AUGCAGGACGGAGACAGGUCCAAGAAUGGAGGGGGUGUAGGCGGCAAGCGUGGCCGCAAUGGUGGACCAAUGCUGAAUCCAAGCUCUGCGCCAGUAGAAUUACUCGUCGAUAGUACUGCAGAGGCUGUAAAAUUGCGUUUUCUGCAGUUUUUGUGUGGCUACGGGCAGCAGGACGAGACUGGAGGAGCCAAGAUCAACUACAGUCAACAGGCUGAAGUGAUGCGUAAUACAGAGACUUCAUCACUGUUUGUAGACUUUUCACACGUCCUGGAGUUUGAUCCGGACUUGGCACAGGCUCUACAGGCUCAAUACUACCGAUGGGAACCGUACUUACGACGCAGUGUCUUUGAGUUUAUUAGGCUCGAAGAUGCUGCAUAUACAGUCAAUGAGGACGCCAACAAGACACAGAGAGAAUUCUUUGUCAAUUUUUAUAACUUCCAACAUGUCUCACAUAUUCGGGAUCUACGGACAAGAAGUAUUGGAGAACUCUUGUCUUUUUCAGGAACAGUCACACGAACGUCAGAAGUGCGGCCGGAAUUGUUGUUUGGAGCUUUUACAUGCAUUGAUUGUGGUGGCGAUACAACUGGAGUGGAACAACAAUUUCGAUACAGUGAACCUGUAAAGUGUCAGAACCCGUACUGUGUCAACACCUUUUCGUGGGAACUCAAUACGGAAAAGUCCGUCUUUGUGGACUGGCAACGGGUCAAAGUACAGGAAAAUAGUGAUGAAAUUCCAGCUGGUAGUAUGCCAAGAUCCAUUGAUGUUAUUUUGAGGCAUGAAAAUGUAGAGCAAGCUAAGGCUGGAGACCGUGUUGUAUUUACGGGUACACUGAUUGUAGUACCAGAUGUGUCCAAGUUUGCCAAAGCGGGUGGAGAGACUGCAGUUGCUACUCGCAACAAUACGCAACGGCCGCGACGUGGUGGCGAGAAUAGUGCACAGGGAAUGGAGGGUGAAGGUGUUCGAGGUCUCAAGGCUCUUGGUGUGAGAGAACUUACUUACAAGACGUGUUUUCUCGCAUGUAGUGUUCAGACAAUGGAGCAACGUUUCAAUAGUAUUUCUAUCCGUAGCGAGUUUAACGAAGAUGGCGCAGAAGGAGAAACUAGUAACGAGGCGGCACUGCAGGAAUUCAGUGACGAAGAAUUGGCUGCGAUCCGAGCUAUGCAGCAAGACCCGGAUCGGUAUUUGAAGAUGGCAAAGUCAAUCUGUCCGUCGGUAUACGGGCACGAUGAAAUUCGCAAAGGUAUCUUGCUUAUGCUUUUCGGUGGCGUACACAAGAAGACGAUGGAGGGGAUCAAGUUGCGUGGUGAUACUAACGUUUGUAUUGUUGGCGAUCCGUCCACGGCAAAGUCGCAAUUUCUAAAGUAUAUCGUUGGCUUCUUACCUCGUGCAAUUUACGCAUCAGGAAAAGUAAGUUCGGCUGCAGGUCUGACGGCGUCGGUGACACGAGACGCCGACAGUGGAGACUAUUGCGUAGAAGCUGGUGCUCUCAUGCUGGCGGAUAAUGGUAUUUGCUGUAUUGACGAGUUCGAUAAGAUGGAUCCAAUGGACCAAGUCGCUAUUCACGAAGCUAUGGAACAGCAGACAAUCACAAUCACAAAGGCUGGUAUUCAGGCCACGUUGAAUGCGCGGACAAGUAUUUUGGCAGCUGCAAACCCGUACAACGGUCGAUACGACAAGUCAAAGACACUCAAGUACAACGUGAACAUCUCGGCACCCAUUAUGUCCCGUUUCGACCUGUUCUUUGUCAUUUUGGACGACGGCGACGAAGUCACGGACCUGAAAAUUGCCGAACAUAUCGUGAACAUCCACAUGCCGAGUGAUUUGCAGGUAGAGGCAAGCGAGAAUGGUGCCUACACGGAAGAAGACCUCAAGCGCUACAUUAAAUUUGCACGUACGCUUGAUCCAGUAAUCACGCCGGAGGCCAAAAGGAUGAUGGUUGCUUGUUAUCGGAGUUUGCGCGAGAACGACGUCGUAAGCAAUGGCCAGACCAAUAUUGCUUACCGUAUAACCGUGCGUCAGCUAGAGUCCAUGAUUCGCUUGUCGGAGGGUUUGGCAAGACUUGACCUUAGCGAAACCGUGCUGGUUUCACAUGUGCAAGAGGCAUAUCGGCUCCUGAGCAAGUCAAUCAUUCAUGUUGAUACACAGAAUGUCGAGCUAGAGAUGCCUAUUCCAAUGCCAUUUGAAGGUGAAGAAGAUUCCGAUCAAGAUAGUGGCAAUGAUGGAGGUCAUGACAAUGAGAAUGGGAACGAUGACAGCAGGAAAGGACGUGACACUGGUCGAAAUGGUAUUGCCCAUGACACUGCAAAGGAGGAGUCUUUUCAUGCCGGAACUUCAUCAACAAGUACGAAUGACACGCCGUCAUACAAGUCAAAACAAGCCUCGCUUGCAUCGUCUUCUCUCUCUUUUGAGCGGUUUGCACGAAUUCAAAAGGCUAUUGGAAGAUUCAUUCGUGAGGUCGAAGAGGAGGCAAGGAGUGCUAAGCUUGUUCGUGAUGCAAAAGCAGACGAGGAGGACGAUUAUGACGAAGAGGCGAUUGGGGUAUUGCAAGGUGAACUUGUUACGUGGUACUUGUCGUCUCAGGACAUUACGUCAGAGACGCAGCUAUCGCGUGAGAAGCAAAUGAUUUGCUCGGUCAUUGACAAGUUACUACAGGACAAGAUUUUAUCUAUUGUCGAUAUGGAGGAAGAGAAAGAGGAGGAGAAGGAGGAGGAAAAUAUGCAAGUGAGUCAAGAAGAAGAAGAUGAGAAAGAUCAGGAGCAGCACGUGAAGAAACGUAAGGGGAAAAAAUUGUCAUUGGAACAAGAAGAUGCCAAGAAACAACAGCGAUAUUUAACCGUGCACCCCAACUAUGCUUUCGAGUAG